UUUUCCCUUCUGCUGACACUAGAGUCUCUUCAUUUGUAAGCAGGGCUGCCAGAAACACGUUUUUUCAGUUGCCAGCGUUAUAACCAACAGGACGGACUGUGCGUAAAUCAGCCGGCGCGGCUCGGAUUCACUGUGCGCUCUGCUGGCUCUGUUACUGUUUGGGGCUCAUUGAGAGAGAAGAGACAAUACGUUGGGAUAUAUAUGUUUGGAAUUUUGCUUUUUGUCAGUUUCUCCAAUGAAAAAGAAAAUAUGCGACAAAGCUUCGCCUUAUUCAUUACCGCUUUGCUUGGGUUGUGCUCAUGUUCAAGUUUCCCAAGUAAUAUCAACAUAGGAGGCUUGUUUCCAACCGACUCCCACGAAUAUGACGUGUUCCGUUUCGCGCUCUCUCAACACAAUGCUGUUCCUAAACUGGUACCUCAAGUGGACAUGGUGGACACUGGGAGCAGUUUUGCCAUGACAUAUGCCUUUUGUUCCCAGUUCUCCAAAGGAGUCUACGCCAUCAUUGGUCUGUAUGACAGGAAGACCAUGAAUAUGCUAAUGUCAUUCUGCGGCGCUCUGCAUGUGUGCUUCGUCACCCCCAGCUUCCCCAUCAAUACCAACAACCAGUUUGUGAUCCAGCUGAGGCCAGAGCUCCAGGAUGCUCUGAUUGCCCUUGUUGAGCACUACAAGUGGACAAAGUUUGUCUACAUGUACAGCUCUGACUCAGGUUUGACUGUGCUGCAGAAGAUCUUGGACACAGCUGCUGAGAACAACUGGCAGGUGACAUCCAUCAACUUUGACACACUGACGGAGGCAGCAUUCUUGAAAGCCAUCCAAGAUCUAGAGAAUAAGAAGGAGUACAAGAUCAUUCUGGAUUGUGAGCUGGAGAGACUCAAUUCCAUUUUAAACUUGAUUGCGGCUCAAAAAAAGAACUUGAAGAACUACCACUACAUACUGGCAAACCUGGGAUUUCUUGAUCUUAAUCUCACCGAAUUCAGGAAGGGAGGAGCCAAUGUGACAGGUUUCCAGCUCAUGAACUACACAGAUCCUACUGUUAGCAGGACAAUACAGGACUGGUUGGAGUUUGACAGUAAAGACUUGAAAAGCCCCAAAAGGAGGCUGAAAUACACUGGAGCACUCACAUAUGAUGGGGUGACUGUCAUGGCCACCGCCUUCCAGAACCUGAGAAACCAACGCAUUGAUAUCUCUCGUAGGGGAAAUGCAGGAGAAUGUCUUGCUAACCCACCGGCCCCCUGGGGGCAAGGCAUCGACAUUCAGAGAGCCUUACAGCAGGUACAGUUUGAAGGAUUAACAGGACACGUUCAGUUUAAUGACAAAGGACAUCGAACCAACUUCACUGUCAGCGUGAUGGAGUUUAGCCCAAGUGGACCAAAGAAAGUGGGCUACUGGAAUGAGCAUGAGAAAUACGUGAACACAGCUACCUUCAACAACAUACUCAAUGAAACAUUUGGCCUGCAAAACAGGACCUACAUUGUCACCACCAUCCUUGAAUCUCCCUAUGUGAUGCUGAAGAAGAACCAUGAGAAGCUAGAGGGAAAUGAAAAGUUUGAGGGUUACUGUGUGGAGCUGGCUGCAGAGAUUGCCAAGCAUGUGGGCUAUUCCUACAGAAUAGAGCUCGUGGGUGAUGGAAAGUAUGGAGCUAGAGACUCAGAGACAAAGAUGUGGAAUGGAAUGGUUGGAGAACUGGUGUAUGGUAAAGCAGAUGUAGCUGUGGCUCCCCUCACUAUCACUUUGGUCAGAGAGGAGAUGAUUGACUUCUCCAAGCCCUUCAUGAGCUUAGGCAUCUCCAUCAUGAUCAAGAAGCCCACCAAGUCCAAGCCAGGUGUAUUUUCCUUCCUGGACCCACUGGCCUAUGAGAUCUGGAUGUGCAUUGUGUUUGCUUACAUUGGCGUUAGUGUGGUGCUAUUCUUAGUGAGCCGCUUCAGUCCGUAUGAGUGGCACAUAGAUGAUGAAGAGGAGGGAGAACAGCAAAGCCAGAAUCAGAACCAGUCACCAUCACCAGAACCCAACCAGUCUCCCAGCCAGCAUGAUCAGAAUCAGAAUCAGCGAGAAGAGAAGCAGGAGAAGCAACCAGAGCACAGCAAUGAGUUUGGGAUCUUCAACAGCCUGUGGUUUUCCCUGGGAGCCUUCAUGCAGCAAGGAUGUGACAUUUCACCAAGAUCUCUCUCCGGUCGCAUAGUUGGAGGUGUCUGGUGGUUCUUCACUCUGAUCAUCAUAUCCUCCUACACAGCCAACCUUGCUGCCUUCCUCACAGUGGAGAGGAUGGUGUCGCCCAUCGAGAGUGCCGAAGAUCUGGCUAAGCAAACAGAGAUUGCCUAUGGAACUCUGGAUGGAGGAUCCACCAAAGAGUUCUUCAGGAGAUCGAAGAUCGCAGUAUUUGAGAAGAUGUGGUCCUACAUGAAGUUGGCAGACCCGUCUGUAUUUGUGAAGACCACAGAGGAAGGUGUCGUGUGGGUGAGAAAGUCUAAAGGGAAAUAUGCUUUUCUGCUGGAAUCCACUAUGAAUGAGUACAUCGAGCAGCGCAAACCAUGUGACACCAUGAAGGUGGGAGGGAAUCUGGACUCAAAGGGCUAUGGAGUUGCCACACCCAAAGGAUCUGCCUUAAGAAUCCCUGUAAACCUAGCGGUGUUGAAACUCAAUGAGCAAGCCAUCUUAGACAAACUGAAAAACAAAUGGUGGUACGAUAAGGGAGAGUGUGGAAGCAAGGACUCCGCAAGAAAGGAUAAGACCAGUGCUCUGAGCCUCAGUAAUGUGGCUGGAGUUUUCUACAUUCUGAUUGGUGGGCUGGGGCUGGCCAUGCUGGUGGCCCUGGUUGAGUUCUGUUACAAAUCCAGAAUUGAGUCUCGAAGGAUGAAGCAAAUCAUUGACGCAGCCAUGUUGAGCUCCACACUGACCAGGAUGGGCAGUGGAGGAGAGAACGGUCGUGUGAUAGCCCAUGACUUCCCCAAAGUGGCACAAACUCUGCCAUGUAUGAGCCAGGCUGCUGCCAUUGGCCUCAGCAACACAGGGAUGUAAACAGCAAACAUCAUCUCCAAGAUCAUGGGACAUCAGAAGACACGAGGGCUAAAAACAAACAAUAGAGGGAGUGGGAGAGAAAGUGAGAGAGCACUGCAGCAUACAGCUCACUGGCAACUGAAGAACUGCCAAAUAGAUUCACUGACAACACACUCUGAACUCCACAAGAAAUUAGAUAAUGAUGGAGGAAAAUUACUUUUCUAAUAAUAUGAUGUUUUUUUCUGCUCCAGUGCAAUAAGGAGACCAUGUGUAAAUGUUUUGUAUGAAGCAUCAUUUUUGUGUACUUGAGAAAUCUGAGAAAGCUUUUCCUCACUUUCACAAAUUAGUGACAAUUGAACUACACUCUUUCUUUAUUAUGUUUUUUCCCCAACAUUGUAUCACAUUCAAUCAUGAUGCACUUUGCAUUGUCUUUGUUGCCUGCCUCAUGACAUAUCUUUGUUCUCUCUACACUGUAAAAAAUGUAUACGGGCAAAGGGAUAGUUAACCCAAAAAUUAGAAUUGUGUCAUAAUUUACUCACCCUCAUGUUGGUCCAAACCCCAUAUGACUUUCUGAUGUGGAACACAAAAGGAUACAUUUUUAUGAAUAUUCUGGUUCAUCUUCAAUACAAUGACUAAAAACAACACUCAUGAACACUCAACUGAUGUCAAGAUUUUCAAUAAAGCAUGAUAUACAUUUCAGAUUGUUUCUUACCAAAACCUAUCGUAUGCCUUCAGAAGACUUGAAAUAUGAAUUUUACUUUCAAGACACUUUUCUAAGCUUUAAAGUUGGUACCAAUCAACUGCCGUUGUAUUGAACAGACAGAAAGAAAUAUUCAUUCAAAUUUCUCCAUUUGUGUUUCGCAUAAGAAAAAAAGUCAUACAUGUUUGGAACAAUGUGAGGAUAGGUAUAUUAUGACUUUUUUGAUUAUUUGACAAUUUUUUUUUCGAACUUCUUUUGAGGAACUAUUUCUACUGCACCUAAAUCUUACCUACUUUAAUUGGUGUAACCUAAUGUAUUCAGGUACAUUCAGUCAUAAUAAAUAACAUUUUUGACUUGUAUAAAAACCAUUUUUUAGGUUACCUGACAAAACUUUACAGUAUGUGAGGAAUAUUUUACCCCAAUUUGCUACAAAGAUACUGUAGUGUAAUAACAGAUAUUUAGGUAAAAUUAGUCAAUUAACAUCUGUUUGAUAUUCUCUUAAAAAAAAGGGGGAAAGUGUGCUUCAUCAGUGUGUCUACUCCAUUGCACAGUCUACAAGUGUCUUCCGUUCCUACUGAUUUGAUUGGCGAGCCCCUCUGUGGAAAGAGAAUUCUCUAUAUGGAGGGAGAGACUGAUUGCUAGUCCUGUCGUAGUUACUGUAGCCCAAAGUCUUACCCUUCACUUAUGAACACUUUGGAUCACUCACCACUCACAUGAGGUCCAUGCUCACUGAUAGAGUCUGAGAUUUAAAAAAGUGAGAGCAAGGAGGAGAGAAAAGGGAUGGAGAUUACAAAUACACAAUUCCUCUUUUUGUGUUGCUUUUUUACUGUAUUAUUGUUGUUUUUAUUGCCACUUCCAAUCAUAGUAGUUCUCAACUGGUGGGUCCUAAACCAAAAACCCAGCAUCAACUCCACAGUAUUUUGGUGCAAAUUCUGUCUCUUGGUAAUAUGGAUAAUACUGAUAUUUGGUCUAAUGUUUUUUUUGUUUGUUUGUUUUGUUUAGUUUUUUCGCCCAUUUUUCUCCCCAAUUCAGAAUGCCCAAUUUCCAAUGUGCACUAACUCCUCGUGGUGGCAUAGUAACUCUCCUCAAUCUGGGUGGCGGAGGAAGAAUCUCAGUUGCCUUUGCCUCUGAGACCGUCAAUCUGUGCAUCUUAUCACAUGGCUUGUUGAGCAUGUUACCGUGGAGACAUAGCGUGUGGAGGCUUCACGCUAUUCUCCGCGGCAUCCACGCACAACUCACCAUGCGCCCCACCGAGAACAAACCACAUUAGAGCAACCACGAGGAGGUUACCCCAUGUGACUCUACACUCCCUAGUAACCAGGCCAAUUUGGUUGCUUAGGAGACCUGGCUGGAAUCACUCAGCAUGCCCUGGAUUCGAACUUGCGACUCCAGGGGUGAUGUCAUAUAUUAUAAAUACAUAUAAAUAAUUUUCAUUGCUGGGUAAGUUACUCAAAAAAGUAAUCCACUUCAAAUUACUUAUUACUUCUAUAACAAUUGUAUUCUGAUUACUUCACUGAAAAAGAAUUACCGGUACAUUACAAAUUAUAUGACUUUUUCCGUUACUUCUAAAUUACUUUUUACAAAAAUGUUUUAGUUUUUUUGCUAAACAAAUUCAUAAUAAUAUCUUUAUUUCCUCCUUGUUCACUGUGGUAUACAAGUCACACUCAGUACCAUAUGUUUCUACCUUACAGUUACUUAUGAGGGGGUAUAUGCCCUUCAGCUAUUUCAGAAAUGCAAACUGACGUACAUAUGUACAUGUCGUGCUUAAAAUUCUACAUAAAUAACUGUUUUAGAAAUGUGCAACCUAACUAAUGUACUUAAAAGUAAUUCAAUUAAUUGAAGUUAGUAACUGUAAUCUGAUUACUAGAACUUAAAAUGUAAUUUUUUACACUACUUUUUACUUUAAAAGUAACUUGAUUACAGUAAUUACUUUGUAAUCAGAUUACACCCAACCCUGAUAAGUUAGUAUAUUGUUGGCCUUGUGGUAAUAUUUAUACAUUUAAUUUUAAUUUCAUUUCACAGAAUUCACUCAAUUUUUAUUACCUUUGUACAAUAAACAAUUUUUGUACUUGAAUGGGUCACCAUUGUAAAAUCUGGGUCCUAAAGCACAACCAGUUAAGAACCUCUGCUUUACAUUGUACGCUUUCUAUUUAAGUAGCUGAUGAUAUGUGUAGUACAUUGUUCCCACAAUGAACUGCUAAUGAGGUCUGAGCACACAGAUGUGAAAUAACAAACAGAUUUUACAGGGAGUACCCUGGAGACCUCUCAAACCAUUUACAACACUUAGAUAUUCUGUUGGCAAUAUUGUCACUGUAAUAAAACCGUUAAGAUAUUGUUAGUGUAAACACCAAUUCUAUGUAAAGUCUUUUAUGGAAAUCUGCCUAAUAGCUGACACAGGGACAAAAACAUAAAUUGCUCAUGCUAUGAGAUUUAAAGGGUGAUUUAAUAGCCUGACUCUAAAAGUACAUUUGAGAGGAACAAAGCACAGCGGCAAUAGCCAGAUUAAAGUAUUUGUUUGUCUGUUGCUGCAGUAAUUGCUUUAUGCUCCAAUAAAAUGGACACACUUUUGGAUACAUACACGGGCAACAUAUGAUGUCAUUAACAAACAAUGAUGCUUUAGGAUUCUGUUUAAAAGUAUUGCAUCUUAAGCUGAGACUUGUCACUUUUUUUUAUUUUGAGGUGCCAUGUUGGCCUUGUGUUUCUCUGCUGAAUGCAUUGAUUCAAGCACAGAACUGGAUGUGAAAUUAAUCAGUGACACAAUCAGACAACCUUUGCUAUUGAGAACUUGAAUGGACCUGAUCAUCAGAUAACGAAGAGCACAGAGUGCAAUGCAAAUACUCUGUUAAAGCACAAGAUCUUAAUUCACCCAUUCAGGAGAACAUUCUCUCACCAGUGAGUAUUUGCCCAGGCUCUAUGCUGAGGAUUUCUCAGUUUGUAUCCUUCCUCAAUACUUUGCCACAGCACAAUGGAGAGAGAGAGCUUCAGCGAUUCUGUCAUUUCAAUUGCUGAUUACAUUUGUACAAAAUAGAGAUAGCAAGAGAAAGAUAAUUAACCAUAACAUGAUGUGGAACUUUUGUGCUGACAAAAUGGUGCUUUGUGGCCUUUGUUUUGCAUUCUAUUGGUUAUUUAAUUAGUUUAUUAUAUUUUGAUUUAUUUCUGGUCUUGUAUUUAAAGUGAAAUUCUGUAUUUUAGAUGUUUUUUCUUGGGGUUGACACUUCUAUAUUUAGAUUUCCUUUAGAAAGUGCUCUUCACAUUCACCUCACAUAAUACAUUUUAGAAAACAGCAGCAAGAUGUAACAGCAAGAAACCAAUGUGUUGACAAGGAGUAUUCAGAAAUAAACUUUUCUU